AUGGAGAAGGAUAUUGACGAAUUUGCGUGUAGUUUUGCAAAUGGCUUACGCUCGAUACGGCCACAUUAUCCCGACAACAAUGAUUAUGAUUAUGAUUCUGAUUCUGAUUGUGUUCUCAACAAUGAAGAAGUAGCAUAUCUUUCGGACGAUGGUUCUGUUCUUGACAAUGAAGAAGUAGCAUAUCUUUCUGAUGAUGAUUCUAUUCUCGGCCAUGAAGAAGUAGCAUCCAAUGAUGAUUCUGUUAUCCACAAUGAAGAAGUAAUAAAUCUCUUGGACAAUAAUUCUGUUCUCGGCGAUGAAGAAGUAACAUAUCUUUUCCGCGAUGACUAUGUUCUCGACAAUGAAGAAGUAACAUAUCCUUCAGACAAUGAUUCUGUUCUCACCGAUGAAUUAGCAAAUCUUUCUGAUGGUGAUUCUGUUCUCGAUGACGAAGAAGUAACAUAUCUUUCUUACGAUGCAGAAGCAUAUCCUACCGAAAUUAUCUUAGUAUCCGGCGAGAAUUCCGGAGCGGAGGCGACGAGGGGCGUAGAUCAGAACAGGGAGGCGAUCAAGUCGUUGGAGAGGAAGAUAAUAGAGUACGAUGAGAGGGAUUGUGGCGGAGGAGACGGUGAUUGUUGCGUUAUUUGCUUAGAGGAGUUAACGGCGGGGACAGUGGUGGCUGUGAUGCCUUGCAACCAUUGUUCCUUUCACGACGGCUGCCUCUCAACUUGGCUGGAGAGAAGCCUUUGCUGUCCUCUCUGCCGCCGCAAGCCCGCCGCUGCAGCCGGAACCUUUCCCAGAGCAUGA